UGCCGAUCGACAUGCAUUCAUUCAUCGGUACGCAAAUGUCCACUAGUUCCACGUCCGCUCCUCGCCCCUCUGUACGAGAAAACAUCCCCCCUACCAAAACCCACUCGACACACCCACUGACAGGCAACCAUUAUACCGUUACACAAACGACCAGCGCAGCUGGUGGUCCCAUCAUCAUGCUCUCAGCCGACACCGUAGUCGGGCGCCUCUUGAUCUUUGAUCUCAUGGUCCUGCAGCUCCGCCCUGGCCUCGUACACAGUCACCACUGCCUUGCGCUGGUAAGACGACCCCUGCCCACGCAACCCUGAGCAAACAACACCCACACAUACACACACACAUACACACAGACAGGCACAUGAAGGGAUUAGUACACACCGGUCAUCUGCGUGUGACGCGUUGCUCACCGAUGUAGUAUAGCCGUGUUUGGUUCGCGCCGAAGUUCUCAUCGAAAAAGACCGUGAGGUGCGUCACGUUCUGGAACUUGGCAACCUGCGCAGCCAGGGAACAGAGAAGCAAGGAAGCAAAGUCGCCCUGGAGCAGCUCCCCUGUCUGUGAGUGUAUUCCGACCUUGAGUGAGUACUCGACAGCACCGCAGUAGUCCUCGACCAGCUCGACCUCCUGGGUGCACGCAAUGUCAUGUACACUGAAACGGGCACACACACACACGCAGACAUGCAUGUGUGAGGGUGCAAGUGUAAGUGUGUGUGUGUGUGUGUGUCGUGGGUGGCCGAGGUCACUUGGUGAAGUCGAUGUCCUCCCUGUUGGUGUACAGCUUGAUCCUCGACGGUGAGGUGCCGUCUGUGCCGCCUAUCACGUGCAGACUGGAGAUCUGCAGACACACAACACACACCACAACACACUGCCCGCGUGCCACUGACUGGCUCACUUUGCAUGGCGCGGUGAAUGGUAUCUGUAUGAUGAGCUCGGGGUCGCCGUCUGUCGAGUCGCAGUACUCACUGUCAUUGAGCCGCUCCUCAUAGGUCUUGAACACCUUGACUGCCGAGUUGGCCACCUGAAACCACAGACAGACAGACAGACAAGGGCAUAUCAAGAAGAGGGAACAUUCUCUGACGGCCUGCCUCUCGUCACCUCUUCGUUGAGCCCUCUCACGCCUUCCUUGUCGAUGUAGGGCAGCAGAAACUCACCGCCACGCAGCUCUGAAAGCCAGACGAACGCACACAAGAGCACACAGUCGUCCAGAUCUGUCUAUGCCAGUCCAAAGGCUCAAAGGCAUCGCAUCCUAUCCCCUGUGUGUGUCGUGUGAGUCGGCCUACCACUUUCGUGUUUGCAGUUGCAGCCAAAACCGUGCAAGCCUGGCAUAUAUAGAAUGAAGCAAUGGACGUGCGGAAGCCUCAACAGCCGCACCACCACAAGUUUCCCACACAGCCUGUGACGUCCACGUUGCUCGGCUCCCUUCUUCUCCCCGAUCUUUAAUCGUUGAAGUAAAGGAAAGAAACCAAAGCGUCUGAUUCCUUUGUCUGUGGCUUCUUGUCUACUUCGCUUGCGAGUGCAUUUGAGCUCGCAAACCACGAGUAAGGGUCUAUAUCGGGCAAGGUGCUGCCCAACAACGACGACACCCUUGCGAAGCUGCGCGCUCUACACCCGGCGGCCUCCUUCCCACUCGACCCGUCCCCCACCCUGCCGCCGAACAACGCACCCCGCACCGUCUUCGAGCCCGACGAUGAGCACCUCUUGGGGGCACUCAAGACCGCGCCCAAGGGCUCGGCGCAGGGCG